AAGUGCCCCUGGAAGUGCAGCGCGGUGCCGAUCGCAUGCACGGGUCCGCGAGACGUUUCUGCACCGUGCAAAUCACAUGCAUCGAUCUGCGAAACGUCUUCCAUGGAUGCAUGUGUCGCGUAAUUCCUGCAAGUGCAUUUUCUUUAAGAUGCAUUUAAGAUCUUUUUUUACACUUUCCGUGUCGAACAAGUUGAGAACCUUCCUGAUGUGUAGUUGUUACCCACGGAUUGCGACGCGGAGCUGCAGUUAUGAGGAGCAUCGGACACAGCUUGAUGCUGACCAGUUUACCUUUAACCAGGCGACCCCGUCGACAUUUUGCAGAUACGGGUAGAUCAGCUCCAAGUGGAAAACAGCCCUCGACGAGAGUGACUGAGAUGCCGUGUCAGGGUUGAGUGCAAGCAGCGACUGACCGGCAGUGCGCGGGACCCCCCUGAAUGAGCCUGCGUACGCCACCGGACCGGACCGGACUAGCUUUGAAGAGGAAUAAGGACUCAGUAGGAUGUCAACUGAGGCGGAGCUUCAGCCGGCUGCCAGACCCAGCGUGAGGAAGGAAUCCAGGAAGAGAGGUCAGGAUCGCAGCGAAGCCGGGCUGAUUAAACGCUUCAAGGGGGAUGGAGUGCGCUACAAAGCCAAGCUGAUUGGCAUCGACGAGGUCACGGCCGCGAGGGGGGACAAGCUGUGCCAAGACUCCAUGAUGAAGAUGAAGGGAAUCGCUGCUGCCGCCCGCUCAAAAGGAGAACAUAAGCAGAAAGUCUUCUUGACCGUUUCCUUCGGUGGGAUCAAGAUUUUCGAUGAGAAGUCGGGGGUUCUCCAGCACCACCAUGCAGUCCACGAGAUCUCCUACAUCGCCAAGGAUAUCACUGACCAUCGCGCCUUCGGCUACGUCUGCGGCAAGGAGGGGAACCACCGAUUCGUGGCCAUCAAGACGGCUCAAUCUGCGGAGCCGGUGAUCCUGGACCUGCGCGACCUCUUUCAGCUCAUCUACGAGAUUAAACAGCGGGAAGAGCUCGAGAAGAAGGCACAGAAGGACAAGCAGUGCGAGCAGGCCGUCUACCAGACGAUUCUGGAGGACGACGUGGAGGACCCCGUUUACCAGUACAUUGUGUUUGAGGCUGGACAUGAGCUGAUCCGUGACCCACAGUCAGAAGAAAGCAUUUAUCAGGUGCCUACGAGUCAGCAGAAGGAGGGGGUCUAUGAUGUUCCCAAACGGCACCCAAAUAUCAACCAGCUGGAGCUGUUUGGAGACAUGUCCACCCCCCCGGACAUCACCUCUCCCUCCACGCCUGCUUCUCCGGCCAACACCUUGGACCCCUCCCUGACCCACCAGCCCCCGUCGGAGCUCUUUGCCCCCUUCAACCCUGCAUCCGUGCCCUCAGGUUACGUCACCAUGGGAGCCGUCCAGCCUGCCCACUGGGGCCAGCAGCCAUUCGCCGCCCAGGGCCCGCUAGCGUUCGGCAUGCAGCCCCCUGUGCCGGUGGCUCAGGUCAUCCCCGGAACCCAGCCGGUGAUCUGGGGCCAGCCCAGCCUAUUCCCUGGCACCCAGCAGCAAUGGGCCACCAUGGCGGGCGCCUUUCCCCCUGCUGCCUUCAUGCCGACGCAAACUGUGGGCCCGCUGCCGGCGGCCAUGUUCCAGACGCUGGCGCCGGUGGUGGCCGUGCCCCCGUCCUGCGAGCCCCCGGCCGCCGCCGCCGCCUCCAGCCCCCCGCAUGCCGACCGCUCCCGGCAGAAGGUCGGCAAGGAGAUGUUCAAAGACUUCCAGGCGGCAAAGCUGGCGCCGGUGGCAGGGGGGCGCAGGGGCGAGCAGGCCAGCCUGGCGAGUGCCACCGAUGCCCUGAGCAGCUACUUCGGCCGCAUGGGCGUGGCCCAGGACGCCGACGACUGCGACGACUUCGACAUCUCUCAGAUGACCCUGACGCCCGUCACGUCCACCACGCCCUCCACCAAUUCCCCCCCGACCCCGGCCCCUCGGCAGAGCUCCCCCUCCAAAUCGUCGGCCUCGCAUGCCAGCGACCCCCCCACCGAUGACUCCUUUGGCGAGGCCGAGGGCAGUCCAAGCCGGAGCGGAGAGGAGGACGCUGCCGGGGGAUCUCAGUCCCCCUCCACGAGCGAACCCCUGGCAGAGCCCCCCUCAGAGCCUUCAGCAGACCCCCCCACCAAGCAGCCCGAUCCACAGGGAAAGGAUCCCCUUUAUGCCCAGAUAAGCAAAGGAAAGAAGCAGGAAUGCUGAGGAACUUUAUUGGCCCCUGGCUGUGUGCAGGGGGAUGACAGGGGGACUCGGGACUGACACAGCAGGGGUCCGGGUGGCCACAGAGCCAGGCUGCUCUCCCCACCCCCACCCAAAAAAAAAACAAGAGGAGAAAUGACUCUGUUACUCUUUCUUCAUGACCCUAUUUUCUACUGUGCUUUCUUCACGGAUCUGCUGAGGGACAGGAGAUGCUGGUCCAUGGCCAUGUGUGAUCCCCCCCCCCAGCCCCCGGACUCCCUCGCACGGAGUGUGCCCUUUGGAAGUCCGCAAGAUGGCCGCCACAGCCUUCGCAGUUUUGCCGUUCGGUGCAGCGGAGGCGGUUAGCAGACGCUUCGCUCUUCCCACGAUUCCAUCUGCUGCUAGACUGCUAUGCAGAAAAGACCAGCUGUGGAUCCCCAUUUGGAGAAGGGCGUGGCCGAAUUUCCUUUUGCGUGAGACGUGAGUGGGCGGGGCUUCAGGCAACACGGGCGUCGCUGGGCACAGACAUGGCAACUCUGAUUCUGUGAUGGAACUGUUCCUUACCUAUAACUUUUGUACAAUACUAAUUAAAACACAAAACAAAAUGAGUUUUUAUUUUAUAAGUCACGGGAGCCGUUGGGGUCGUCUCUAUAUGUAUUUUAGGUUAAAAAUGGCUUUAAGGCAUCUGAACUAAAGUUUGCCAAAUUAAUUUUGUAAAUAAUAGUGUUCAUUUUUCACCGGGACCUCUGUGCCAUAAAAUAGACAGGCCUCAGUUGUAGUUGUACCCAAGCAAUACAGUGAGUCUAUCGAUGGUUUACGCUGCUUGUGUAUCCUGAAAUCAUUCAUAACUUUGAUUUCUUAUGUCGUUGCGAAUUUAAGGGAGCGAUUCAAGUUCAUGAGCCUGCCUCCCUUAACACCCGAUUACUUUUACACCUUGGCUUGACGACAGACUUUCUGCGUGAUUUUAAGCUCUCCUUUGUCCUGCAUUUUAGACAUCCCAUAAUUUUUACUGUGAUCUUGAGAGAAAUCUCAAGGACGACAGGAGAGCUUUCAAAAGCCUGAAGUGUGUGUUUUUAAGGGUUCCACACCUCGCAGAGGGUUGUUGGCGUUUACACUCCCUUUAAUGGCUGUUGUCAGAAUCAGCUCCGCAAAAACAUGCUCAUUUGAGCUGUCUUUCCCUACAGUGCUCGCUCCAGUAUUGGGGCACUAAUUAAUGUGAGUUUUACAUUUUUAAAUCAUGUUUCCAUGGUCUGUUUACAGGACCAGUGACUUUUCGUCUGCCACAUUAACCCAGAGCUCUUGCAGUGUGUCACCUGUAGCUUGAACUUUAACCAGCAGACAGUUGCCCUUGGACACCACACUGUUGUGUUUUUGACGGCUCCUUUUGAUAUCGAACCAUCGCCCAAGACACAAAAUGCACUUGCCCCGCCUCCGCCACACUUCCACGUUCGUACAUCUCUGCGUAAACUAUCCUUUGAGUAAGCUGCAUCACCAGAGCGAGAACGGUGUGUGUAACGCUCCGUCCAGAAACGCAAAAGGCCACCAAGCUGUCACGACUCGCUCCGUGUCCCGCAUGAUGUGACAGAGCCUCGUACUCAGCCCCACGGCCACCCGACGGGAAGACGUGCCACGCGCUCGUUCUGUGGGCUUGCCAAGCACUAGGGACGUGGAACUGAGUGUGACGGUCUCUCUGUAAACGACUGUGCUGUUACCCACUUCCUAUUUCAUAGCCAGAGGCCUGUUCUGAUUUGAGUAAUUUUUUCAACUCUUAGCUCUUAACUGAAUUUAAAAAGGUAAGAAAAAGGGAAGCAUUACUGUUUGAGUAUGUUUGUAGACUUAUUUUAACUUUACCUCAGCUAACGAUUUGUUAAUGUAAAUCGACAUUAUUUUUAUCUUUCUGUAAACAUGCGCCCGUGGGUUUUUUAGAAUCUCAUCACGCUCUCUUGGUUUAUGGAUGCCACUAUGUAAUACUGUUACCAAUAAACACACGCAAAACGCA